GAUUUCAGCGCUCGCCCUGCCGUCCGAACUGCGGCAAGGCAGCCAGGGGGAUAAGAGAAGGAGACAGUGGGAGGACAGGUAGAGAGAGAAAGCUCAGCUCAAAACCCACACUCGUUGCAUCAACCCGCACCAUCAGCAUCGAAUCAUCCGGACAGCCAAAUUUACACUCUCCAACGAAGAAAUACGCUCACAGCGACAUUUUCCCGCCCCCGUUCCACUUCUAAUCAAUCAGCCCGGUGAUUUAAACAAAAUCAGAGGUGCAAGAUGAUGACCCAAGUAGAGACAACGGUGCAGUACAACAAUGGAUACGAACAGGACGAGUACAUGACGCAGGAGGAUGAAUGGGACCGGGACCUACUGUUGGACCCGGCUUGGGAGAAACAGCAGAGAAAAACCUUUACAGCAUGGUGCAACUCCCACCUGAGGAAAGCCGGAACGCAGAUCGAAAACAUCGAGGAGGACUUCAGGAAUGGCCUCAAACUCAUGCUUCUGCUGGAGGUUAUUUCAGGUGAAAGGCUACCAAAACCAGACAGAGGAAAGAUGCGUUUUCACAAAAUAGCCAACGUCAACAAAGCGCUGGAUUACAUCACCAGCAAAGGCGUGAAACUCGUUUCCAUUGGAGCUGAAGAAAUUGUGGAUGGGAAUGUAAAGAUGACCCUGGGAAUGAUCUGGACCAUUAUUCUCCGCUUCGCCAUUCAGGAUAUUUCAGUCGAAGAAACCUCUGCAAAGGAAGGCCUUCUCUUGUGGUGUCAGAGAAAGACUGCCCCCUACAGGAAUGUCAAUGUCCAGAACUUCCAUGUCAGCUGGAAGGACGGCCUGGCGUUCUGCGCCCUCAUUCACAGACACCGGCCCGAUCUCAUUGACUACUCCAAGCUCAACAAGGAUGAUCCUCUGGGUAACCUGAACUUGGCUUUGGAGAUUGCAGAGAAGCAUCUGGAUAUUCCCAAAAUGUUGGAUGCUGAAGACAUUGUCAACACCCCCAAGCCUGAUGAGAGAGCUAUCAUGACUUAUGUGUCCUGCUUCUAUCACGCGUUUGCCGGAGCGGAGCAGGCGGAAACUGCAGCCAACAGGAUCUGUAAAGUUCUGGGUGUAAACCAGGAGAAUGAGAAGCUGAUGGAGGACUAUGAGAAGUUGGCCAGUGAGCUGCUGGAGUGGAUCCGCCGCACCACGCCCUGGCUGGAGAACCGCACCCCGGAGAACACCAUGGCGGCCAUGAGGCGGAAGCUGGAGGACUUUCGCGACUACCGCCGCAUGCACAAGCCGCCCAAGGUGCAGGAGAAGUGCCAGCUGGAGAUCAACUUCAACACGCUGCAGACCAAGCUGCGCAUCAGCAACCGGCCCGCCUUCAUGCCGUCCGAGGGGAAGAUGGUGUCGGACAUCACCAGCGCCUGGCAGGGGCUGGAGCAGGCUGAGAAGGGCUACGAGGAGUGGCUGCUGACCGAAAUCCGCAGGCUGGAGCGCUUGGACCACCUGGCCGAGAAGUUCCGCCAGAAAGCCACCUCCCACGAGAGCUGGGCCCAGGGCAAGGAGCAGAUCCUCUCCCAGAAGGACUACGAGACGGCGUCCCUGACAGAGGUGCGGGCACUGCUGAGGAAGCACGAGGCCUUCGAGAGCGACCUGGCCGCCCACCAGGACCGCGUGGAGCAGAUCGCUGCCAUCGCGCAGGAGCUCAACGAGCUGGACUACCAUGCCGCGGCUUCCAUCAAUGAGAGGUGCCAGAAGAUCUGUGACCAGUGGGACCAACUGGGAACGCUGACGCAGAAGAGGCGGGAGGCACUGGAGAGGACAGAGAAGUUGCUUGAAACCAUUGACCAGCUGUUCCUGGAGUUUGCCAAGAGGGCGGCGCCCUUCAACAACUGGAUGGAGGGGGCCAUGGAGGACCUGCAGGACAUGUUCAUUGUCCACACUGUGGAAGAGAUUCAGAGCUUGAUAUCCGCUCACGACCAGUUCAAGGCGACCCUGCCCGAAGCCGACAGUGAGAGACAGGCCAUCCUGGGAAUCAACAACGAGGUGCAGAAAAUCGCCCAGAGCUACGGCAUCGGCACCACCCUCAAGAACCCCUACAGCAACAUCACUGCCGCCGAGAUCAACAUGAAGUGGGACAAGGUGAAGAGGCUGGUCCCUCAGAGAGAUGGCUCUCUUCAAGAGGAGCUCGCCCGCCAGCACUCCAACGAGCGGCUGAGACGCCAGUUUGCCGCCCAGGCCAACCUCAUCGGGCCUUGGAUCCAGACGAGAAUGGAGGAAAUCAGCCACAGCUCCGUUGAGAUGAGCGGAACUCUGGAGGACCAGAUGACUCAGCUGAAGCAGUUUGAGCAGGUCAGCGUCAACUACAAACCCAACAUCGACAAGCUGGAGGGAGACCACCAGCUCAUCCAGGAAUCCCUCAUAUUCGACAACAAGCACACCAACUACACCAUGGAGCACAUCCGGGUGGGCUGGGAGCUUCUUCUCACGACCAUCGCCAGAACCAUCAACGAGAUCGAGACCCAGAUCCUAACCCGGGAUGCCAAGGGUAUCAGCCAGCAGCAGAUGAAUGACUUCCGGUCCUCCUUCAACCACUUUGACCGGGACGUCAAGGGCAAACUGCGCUGCGACGACUUUAAAGCCUGCCUGAUCAGCCUGGGCCACGUGGGAAAUGGCAAGCAGAAGAAGAAGGGAGGGAUGGAGACCGAUGAUUUUAGGGCGUGCUUGAUCUCCAUGGGCUAUGCUUUGGGUGAGGCCGAGUUUGCUCGGAUCAUGUCGCUGGUGGACCCCAACGGAACCGGGGUGGUGUCCUUCCAGUCCUUCAUCGACUUCAUGACUCGGGAGACCGCCGACACGGACACGGCCGAGCAGGUCGUCGCCUCCUUCAGGAUCCUGGCGGCCGAUAAGCCCUACAUCCUGGUGGAGGAGCUGCGCAGGGAGCUGCCCCCCGAGCAGGCCGAGUACUGCAUCAUGAGGAUGCCGCCAUACACAGGGCCCGGGAAGGUGCCGGGAGCACUGGACUACACCGCCUUCUCCACCGCGCUGUAUGGAGAGAGUGACCUGUAACUGCGCUGGGCCACGCAGGCCUCGCCUCAAAUGUUCAAAAUCCAGUCAGCUCUCAAAUUCUCUCUCUCUUAAUUGGAUCAACCUCUCCACCCCACUACCACCACCCCCACCCUAGCCCCUCCACCCCAUACAAUACCUGAUGUAGCUAUACUAUGCAAGCAAGAAAUAUACAGUGCAAUGCAAUACCUAGGAUUUAUUAGUGUGUGGCACACUAUAGUAAUUCCCAUUUCCUGGUAAGAACAAAUGUAUAUUUUCCUCUUAAUGCAGUUAGAAGGCAGAACUCACUUCAUUGCUUGUCUUUAAAAUAGAAAAGAAGUGUAAUAUCAGAAGUACAGGUCAGUUAGAUGGACUAAUGGAAGGUUUGGAAAGAAGGUUUGUUAAUGCUGGGGAAAGAAUCACUCUGUUUGAAGAAUAAAAAUGAUGGAGGGAAAAUGGUGACAAAAUUAUGGGGUUGAAACAGGGCAUUCAGGUGAUCAAAAUGAAAGUUGAGGUUAGUAAUUUUUUUCCCUUUCCAGUGCCUAAGAUGUGUUAACACAGCCCAAUGACAAAUACCUCAGUACUCACCUGCUGUUACAUUAUUGACCUAAUACUGAUGAUGAACUGGGCAUAACCCAUUCUACUGAGGACAAAAGAGUGUGAAAGUAUUUUGCAGAGAUCCAAAAUAACUAAAAAAAAAAAUACAAUUUACAAUAAAUCAUGAUGUGUUAUUGUUAGAGGCACAUUGUAAAAUAUAAACCAAUUGUUUGUACUUUUCCAGAAAUUUAAGCAUAAAAUAAACCCAGUUAUUUGAAAAUUC